CCGCGACGUACGGACGUGAAAAGCGCGAGCACGGCUUUCGUUUGGGCGGACAACGUGAAUAAACGUGCAAACCGUGUUGUAUUACGUACGCGCGUACGCAGAGCACGAGAGAAACGAACACGUAACGCGUCGUUGAAAGCGCGGUUUCGGUCGGUCGUAAACACGGUCGGGUGUUCUCGUGAUAGCAAAAUUAAUUCGCGGCAUUCGUGUGAAAUCAGUGCGACGGAUAUCAGUGAGAAUUUAGAGGAAGAGAAAGAGAGAAGGAGAGCAUCGAUUGUCCUUUGUGUGAUCGUCGUUACGCGGCUUCUCGUUCCUCGGGACGCCACCGCGACGUGUCGUGCCGGGGCUCCAAACGAGUGAGAGAGGUCUCGUCGUGAGCUUUGGAGGCCCCAAUUGCCAACGACGUCGUGUUAUACCUGCGCGUCCCUCUCACAAAGUGCGGCUCGCGUCGAAGGUCUCCACGAAGGUCUUGUCUCAACCGCUAGCUGAGGAGACGUGGAAUGAUAUUUUGUUGUAAAGGAGGUGCAAUCAGGCUUCGUUGAACCGCGUCGAGACACGCGAGCGGAGCGUUCGAUACUUUAGGUAAGAAGUACGCUCUGUGUAUCUUUGGAAUUCGGAGAAAAAAGUAGCGCUUCCGAGAACCGGGUAUUCGCGUGGUGAAACAGUUCGACGCAACUCGUUUUGUUCUUAAAAGUGCGGGAGUUCGCUCGAGUCCUUGAAAUUUGAGGUUGCGACACAGUUGUGUUUCGGUGACUAAACCGAUCAACAGAUCGCAAAUUGAUAGCUCAGACAAGAUCGAAACAAUCGUGUGGUGUUUGUUGUUUUACGCGACGCGUGUGUUCGUCUACGUACGACCUACGAUCAGGAAAGUGCGAAGAAGAUGAAGGGUUAGAUGCGACACGACGCACGAGGAGCAAAUUCAUUAAGGAGUUGGAACGACGAAGGGAGUCCCUAAGUGGUUCCGGCAUCAUUAUGAGAGCGUACAGGGUGUGAUGGGGCCUCAUGGCGCCGGCUUUUACUAUGAGUUGAGGCCUCGUAACUAAUCGGGACUGGCAUGGAGAAGGAGAACUCCGUAUCGGGCGGGGGCGGCGGGGGCGGUGGAGGUGGCGGAGGCGAAGCAGCAGCCACGGCGACUCCAGGCGCCACCUCCGUCUCCGAGAAACUCCAGGCGGACCAGGCCAAUCCGUUGCUCGAUCCGACUGCGCUCUUCGGCGCUUAUUGGCCUCGAGGUGACAGCGCAACUUCGUCGCUUUUCGGCGGGAUGCCAGGCGGAUAUGGGCUGGGGGCCCAUCAUUUGCCCUCGGCUUACGCCAUCCUGGGCCGUGGAGGCUCCGCACCCGGGUUCGGAGGCCACACACCGGCCUCCGCGCCACCACCACCCCCAUACUCCCACAGCAGCCUUGGUACUCUCAGCGUAGCUGCCAGUCAGGCCGCUAGUUUAGGUAUCAAUCCAGCCAGUGCAGCAUGGUGGACAAUGGCCUCACACUUGGCGGCCCAGGACUACCUCGCAAGGUUACAAGGAGCGGCAGGAUUGCCAGGAUUUCCACCUGGUGCCGAGAGCCUGCUGCCACCCUAUCCUGCCUCUCUACUUAAUCCCCCGUCCCUAUCAUCUCACAAGUCCAGUAAGUCUAAGUCAAGCAAGAGUCACAAGACGCCAGCGAGCAGUAGUAGUAGCUCGACGACGCCGAGUAUGACGAGCAGCAGUUUACCGGUCUCGACACAAGCACCGGUCACGUCCUCUCAUCACAGCACGUCGUCGAGCAGCACGUCGAAUUCGCAAACGAAUGUCGUCAGUUCUGCGAAAGAGGGCAGCGAUCCUAGCAGUAUAUUAGGGGGUGUGCGACUACCUCCCGACACGGAGAUCAUCAAGUACACGUCGAGUAUAGUCGGUCCAAAGGUUCCUGGUACAACGAAUCGCGGAAGAAAGAAGACCAUAUCCUUGGACACGCCGAGUGUGAGCGUGCAUCCACCACCGGUGCCUGCACUCAGCGCUCACCAAACAAACACGACAACGGCGUCGUUGAUGAUGGAACCGAAAAAGUACAAUCGCACAGCGACCGAAUCUAACGAUUAUAGAGAAUCAGUAGAUCGUGUCGAAGUUAUUAAAUUGCCAGCGCACUCGACGAAUGGUUCCGUUCUAUCGGCGCCCACGUCGUACACGACCACCAAUGCAAAUAGUUCCAACGAUGCGGAUGCGCCGUUGAACCUCUCGCUGAAACCCUCGACGACGAGCGGUAGCUCGCCGAUUUCUGGAAGUCAACCGCUCAGUCAGCUCAGUAAUUUAAGCCAGUCAUUACUUGCCUCCGAUCGAACAUCGAGAAGAAAACCGGGACCCAAGCCUCGGAGGGUGCCCCAGAAUUCUGUGCCGAUGCCGGCGUCGCCGAGUCCGUCGUUAGCGCAACUGUUCGCCGCAGCAGAUUCACCGCAACGGCCAAGCAGUGGAAGCGAGGAAAGCGAAAGUGCGAGCACGACCCAUCACAAAGACGGUCGGCCUAGGAAUUUAGGACGUGGGGUGUCCAAGCCGAAGAAGAACACCGUGGCUUCGCUCCUCGCUCAGAGCAGGGCUCUGGGAAUUAAACCGACACCUACCUUGGAUCCCAGUGUACCAUUGUCUCAUCAAGUCUCGCUGCUAAGGUCCAAUAUUCUAGCUGCACAACUGCAUACUAGUGCUGGUCAGACUGACGAUAAGAAUCAGCGGUCUUUGCAGGAGAAGAUGAAGAACAAACUGCUUGAGGCGUCCGGUGAGGAGAGCAACAUGGACGUUACGAGUGAGAGCGGUAGUAACACCGACGUUGUGACGGACACCGACGAUGACAACGUCGACGGCGUGUCUAGCGCAAAAAGGAGGAAGAUGAAACCGAGCGAGAGGGAUCUUCAGGUGCCGCUCGAGCGUGGAUGGAAAAGGGAGACCGUCAUCAAGGGAUUAGGGAAGUCGGGGGUGAUAAAGGGUGACGUGUCUUAUUAUAGUCCUUGUGGAAAGACAUUCAGGAACAGUCCGGAUUUGGCGAAGUUUUUGGAGCAACAGAAUCCGCCCGAGUUGACAACAGCAAACUUUUCGUUCUCGUCUCGUCCGUUAGUAGGCGAGUUUCUACAGCCGACGAUGGGCCUCGCGGAGGCGGAAUUCGUUAGGUUGGGUGCUCAAGAAGUGGCGAGAAGAUUGGAGGAGUUAAGAGCUGCAGGUGGUUUUAGGGACGUGCGAGCGAACAAUCAGUACGAAAGGGAGAAACUCGCGUACGCAAAAAAACUAGCGAAAGAAGAAGCGCAGCGGCACAAGGAACAGGCUAGGCUGAUUAAAGAACAAGAGAAAACAGAGAGGCUGGAGGUACUGAGGCGGGAACGAGAGAUCCGACAUCAACAGUUGCUCGAGGGUCGAAAGCGGCUAGCGUUCACGAUCAAGCAGAAAAUGAAGAUCAUCCAAGAGAUCGAACGCGGUAAGAGCAAGAGCGAUGUGGCGCGCGAGCUGGGUCUGGCUAGCAGCACGGUGGCCACCAUCUGGAAGAAUCGGGAGAGCAUCGCGGAGAGUUGGAGGAACCGCGACAUGAUGCAACAGCACAACCAAGAGCAGGAGGACACGGUCGUGAAAAAAUCGACCUCGGCGGCGUCCAACCUGGCCAACGUCGCCUCGCUGGUCACGAACAGCACGGUGUUGAACACCGUCAACUCCUGCACCAGCAGCAGUACCACUGGCACCACGUUGUCCAACGCGGUCGUGGUGACGCCGCCUCAGGUGCAGGUGGUGCCGCCGCCGCUGCCUCUCCCAUUGCCGAAUAUGUCGGUAACGGUCGCCUCGUCGACGCAGCCCUCCACGCCAACCUCCAGCACUACGUCCAUAGGCACCACCACCCCCAACGCCAGCAUGGACAAUACCCAGCAGGCCCAGACCCAGACGCAAAGUCAGGAGCUUCUGGAGGCUCGGAAAAAACGGCAGGAAGAGGUGGAGAAGAUACGACUCGAAGAGCAUCAACGGAAGCAACAGGAACGAGAACUGAAGCGGCAGCAGGCGGUUAUGCUGAAAGAACAGAUGUACAUGCAGGAGCUCACCAAGCAGCGCGAGAUGCUCUACACCGUCGAGCUGGAAAGGGAACGAAGGAGACAGCACAUGGCACUGGUUCGGGCGUUAGAGAAUCGUCGAAAAAUGGAGGAAAGAGAAAAGAAACGGUUGGAGGCGAGGGCUGAGAGAAUAGCGACGAAGGAGAAACGCGCUGAACAGAGGAAAAUGGAGAUGGAACUGGUCGAGCAGAUCAGAAAGCCAAUCGAGGACAUGGAGCUAACGGAUCACAGAACACUGCCAGAAAUAAAACGAAUACCUGGACUGAAAUUGUCCGGUCAGGCAUUCGCGGACAUCGUGAUGGUGUUCGAGUUCCUGCAUAACUUCGGCGAGACUUUGGGCUUCGAUAUGGAAUCACUUCCAAGUCUAAAGAGCCUUCAGAUGGCUCUCCUCAACGACGAGGAAGCGGAAGAGGAACUCCUGUCUGUGAUGACGCAUCUAUUGGUGUGUGCGAUCGAGGAUCCGGGUAUUCCUCAACCAGCGAGACACACAACAGGCCUGGGACAGAGUCUUCGUCAGGCUGACAUAACGCAUGCGAAUAUCAGCGAGGUGUUACGAAUCUACUUGUACGCGAACGCGACGGGCGAAGUAAAAGCUUUGACCGGUGUAUGCCUGGAACGGGAACGCGACAAGAAGUUUGCUGAUCACCAUCAGAACGGUGGAGACUAUGCCUCGACUUGUUCGGGGAAGAACGCCCAGUUCUACGAGCACUUGCAUAACAACGAGACAUGGAGAAUGUCCGAGAGGUUGAGGGACAAACCGUUCCUGGCGUUGAAUCCGACGCACAAGGCGCAGAUGCUUGCGUUCCUCUGCAACGAACUGUUGCAGAACAAGGCUGUGAUCAGACAGAUCGAGGGGAGCUUAGAGACGGUGGCUCAAUUAAGGAAGGAGAGAUUCGUUCUGGAUACGAAAAUUAGGAAAUUACGGCAAUUACAUAGUCGAAAGGUACGGAUGGAAGCAGUUGGUGUAAUCGUUAAUAAAACCGGAGACACUAUUACGAUAGAGAAAAAAGAAGUCGAUGAAGAGGGUAACACGACGUCGACGGCGGUAGGAACGACACCCAUUCCCGAUGAGAUACAUCACGAAGAUGAAGUUGAAGAUAUGUCCGAAAAUGAGAGCGAAGGAACUCAACCUGAAGAGGAGGAGGACAAAAAUUUGUCUGGCGAGGAACUCGGCAAAAAGUUGGAUAAAUUAUUGAAACAGUCGGAAGAACAGUUACAAAAGUUGAACAGUUCUUCGAAACAGUUACGUGCGCACAUAUUCGGUCAGGAUAGGUUCUGGAGAAGAUACUGGGAAUUGUCAUGCGCUGGCGGAAUUUUCGUCGAAGCAAUGGAGAGCGCUGAACCGGAAAUUCUAGACUUACAGGCUGAAUUAGAUGAAAAGUACAAAGAUAUGCCAGUGGAUGAGGAGUUGGUAGAAACGAAACAAGAGGACACCAAAGUGGAGAAUCGCGAGAACGAGGCGCCCAACGAUGUUAAAGAGGAGAAAAAGCUGAAUUCGAUCGAGCAGGAAGAAGCGAAACCUCUAGCAGAUAAAACGAAGUCUGAAGUUGGAGACGUUAAUUGCAAGAAGGAACCGAUGCAAAAUUAUGAGAAUUCGACGAACGUUAAGGAAGAGAAGAAGAAUGAUUCAGAUAAUUCGAUGACUGACGCGAAGACGAACGUCACAUCAGAAGAAAUUAAACAAGAAACGGAAGUGGUUAGCAUGGACGUGGACAUGAAAGAAGAAACGAAGAAAGAGAAUGAGGAAGCGGAUGAAGACAUAAAACCAGCGGUGAAAAUAAUGGAAGAUAAAAUUGUUGAGACGAUACCGAACGGAGAUAAGUAUAAUCACGUUAACAAUGUGCACAAUGGGAAGGAAUUGAACGGCACCUUUAUAUCCAAUAGUAGCAAUGAACCCAACUGGUUCUCGAUCUUGCCUCGUGAGACUUGCGAUACUCCAGGACCGAGCACUAAACAGAUAUUUGGGAUAGCCGAACCGACCGAACUAAGAAUACCGGUGUUCCCUCCGCCAGCUAGUCCGAACUAUGAUAGAUGCGACAGUCCUGCCCCAUUGAUUUUAACUCAGGACGAGGCAACGCAACUUGAAUACUUAAAAGUACACGGUUUGCCACCUCCUGGCGAAGCGAAACCAGUACCCAGAGAUUUGCGAUAUGGUUGGUGGAGAAUAACGGAUGUCGAUACGUUUCAAGAAUUGUUAGAGCACCUUCAUUCACGCGGUGUUCGCGAAAAGGAAUUGAAACGUACAACAUGGGCGACCAUGGAAUCCUUCCUAGCCGUCACGGGAAAAAUCAACGUGGACCCCGGCAAUCUUACUGCAACUGAACUUCAAGCAACACCUGACGAACCUGAUACUCCGAUUCCGCAACCAGACAAUCCAGAGGAUUGGAGCGAACAGGUCGCAUUACGCGUGGACGCGCAACUCUUAGAACAAGUCGAAGCUCUUGAGGAUAAGGUCGCGAAUGCCAGCAUGCAGGUCAAAGGCUGGAAGCUGCCACCACGAGCAGGAACCGAGGAGGCUGAAGAAAUUGAAAAAUUGAACGAAAUGGAAAAAAUUAGCGCAGUUGAACAAGCGCGACAAAGGUUACUGUCUCUGGAAGCUGCUAUUGAAAGGAGAUACUUGAAGCCACCAUUAGGCGUUUGCACGGGUGAUCCAAAUCUAGCGGCUUUAAAGGCGGAACAAGCGGCAGCAGCAAACGCAAAUUCAAAUAAUUCGGAUCAGAGCAAUCAGACUCCGGUGCCUCAAGAAGAAACAACUCCGAGAGGAUUGAACACCUGGCGAGAAGCAACGGCCCGGGCACAUACCUCGGCCCAGCUUGCUAUGGCGCUUUAUAUGUUGGAGGCCAGCAUCGCCUGGGACAAAAGCAUCAUGAAGGCUGUGAGUCUAACACCAGCUAGAAACUCGGUCUGCGUCAAGCUACGAAACCGCUGCGUCUCACUCAAAGCUACCACUCAGUACAAUCAGCUAUUGACUACUUCUCAGACCUCUAAUUGUCAGUUUUGUCACAGCGGAGAUAACGAAGAUAAACUACUACUGUGUGAUGGUUGUGACCGCGGCUAUCAUACUUAUUGUUUCCGUCCAAAAAUGGAGAACAUUCCUGAUGGUGACUGGUAUUGUUUUGAAUGCAUGAACAAAGCAACAGGGGAACGAAACUGUUUGGUAUGCGGAAAAAGAGUUGGGAAAAACUUAGUGCUGUGCGAACUCUGUCCACGGGCUUAUCACACUGACUGCCACAAUCCAGUUAUGCCAAAAAUGCCAAGGGGGAAAUGGUAUUGUUCUAAUUGCCACAGUAAACAACCAAAGAAGAGAAAUAGUAGUCGAAGGAGUCAUACCAAAGGAGGAGGCACCAGAGAAAGUGAAAGUUCUGAUCAUCCACCAGCUAGUCCAACGCCGUCAACGGCAUCGAACACGCACGUAGAGGACGUCAGUUCGUCGGAACCGGCAACCCCGACUGCCUCGCCACGGAAGGAGGGAAACAAUAGGACGCUCACGAAGAAACAGCAACGAGAACUGGCUCCGUGUAAGGUGCUACUCGAACAGUUGGAGCAACAGGACGAGGCCUGGCCGUUUCUCUUGCCGGUGAACACCAAACAGUUUCCGACUUACAAGAAAAUUAUUAAAACGCCCAUGGAUCUCAGUACGAUCAAGAAGAAAUUGCAGGACUCCGUGUACAAGUCUCGCGAUGAGUUUUGCGCUGAUGUCAGACAGAUGUUCAUCAACUGCGAGGUAUUCAACGAGGACGACAGUCCGGUGGGGAAGGCCGGACACGGAAUGCGCAGUUUCUUCGAAAUGCGCUGGACCGAAAUUACCGGCACACCACCACCCCCUCCGCAAACGCAUAGCUGAGGAUCGGCUCGCUCUCGCAACACGUGCAACAGUUUUGCACACUUCUACUACUAGAGGAUAGAAGAGCCCUCCUCUGUCAAAAUAUUCAUUGGCAAUCGUCAAGAGAGAUUAUGAGGAGGCGAGACUCUGUUUUUUCUUCGUUCUUCGUCGGCCUCGUUUUAGCGGUCGACCGGAACAACCAUUAAAUUCGACUAGAGAAAAGAAAAUGAAACUCCAAAAAUACGAGUAUACAUCUUCGUGCGGGUCGCGUUACGUGCGUGUGUUCACAUUCUCGUCUUUAUACUCGUCUUCUCGCCCCCGUAACCAAGGUUCGUGUGACCGCUUCUCUUUAAAAUACUCGAGAUAGUUCAACGGAGGCGAAUGUUUUUUAACGGCUUGUACUUCUCCUUUUCGUAGUGUCGAGGACGGACUCAGAAACUCGCUAAUAUUGACAACAAUUUUAUCACAUUCGUCGAAAAUACUUUUAUCGAACGAAAUACUAGUUGUGUUUUUAGCGAACUUUACAAGAAUUGUAAAGUAACGUAAACGAAAAAGAAAAACUUUAUGGCGGCACGGAUGCCGCUGAUUUUACAUAUAGAUUAUUUUGUGAUUGGAAGGUUCUUAAGAUCGAUCUACUAAAGUACCCGUUGCGUGUUAUACGCAUGUUAAUCGUUCGAAGUGUCCGAAUUCCUUUCGAUUUUCAAAUAGAAAUUUAAACAUAAUGCAGAUGGUCACUGUACUUACCGAGCAAAAAAGGAAACGAGUAAAGUUUGCCUAAGUGAACAAGUUGUAAUUUGCGAUUGUAUUAUACAGGCUUAAAGCUGACACGUGUCGGCAAAAGAACUAUUUUGCAAAGUAAUGAACGUGAGAAAAGAAGAGGUAUAUAUAAAUAUAAAUGUAUAAAUAUGAAUAUAGUGUAUAUGUAUACUAUAUAUAGAUAGUCAUGUCACACGGAACAUAUGUAACGCUCACAUAAAACACACCUCUGCCCACGAGAGACAUCAGCACGAUAAGGGUAACAUUUUCUGUAAUUGUAAGAUAAACGAAAACAUGACAAGCGAAUAGCGAAGUUGAUGUUCCAAUUGUAAAUGGAGUUAAUACCAUUCCACGGAUUUUAACCCUCAUUUUUAUUAACUCGCAUUCACCUUAUUUAUUUAUAUUUAACUCAUGAGCUUAAAUAAGACACUUCACCGGAAUAAAUAACUCAAUGUAAAUUUUUAUGAGACUCGUGACCUUAUGUUUACAUGAAUAAAUUUAGUUUAUCGUGCCUAAAUCUAGUACUGCAAUCAUUACAUUAAUACAAUUUAAAAUCAAUAAAAUUUCAGUUAUCGCGGACAGAACUAUACAGAAUUGUAUCGUUAAAUGACAGUCGCUUCUAAUGAAGAAAAAGAUUUACGAAUUAUAAGACAAGGCAAUGAACGAUUGCUUCUUUUUAAUUAUUUCUUAAAAUUAAAACUAUUUUAUUCUAAACGGUGUAUAAGUGGUACACUACGCUGUAAGAAGUGUCAUCGAAUUCUAUCCAUGCCAGAUUCCAACAAACUGGACCUCGUUAUUUGAUUGUUCGUAAUGAUACGCGAGUUUUUUAAGCGAUGUUCGAUUUUUCGAUAGGAUUAUAGUGAUGUAAUAUUUCACGUGCAGUGUACCCGGGAUGACGAAGAACAAAGAAACAAGUUUUAAAGAAAUCUCGUGCGUCAGGGCGUUGCAAGAACAUACAUCGAUGAUCGUGUCGGUAGUAAUGUUCUUCGAUUAAGUAACUAAGUCGCGGUACCUUCGCGAAUGUAACCAUCGCACGACGAUAAAACGAUUAACACGAGAACGUCAACGAUAUCUUGUUUUUUAUGUAAUUGAUGUACAUUAUUGAUCGUAAUAGUGAAUAGUUAUGUAAUAACGAAGAUUAAAGAGAAGGGAGAGAGAGAGAGCGAGAGAGAGAGUAAUAGAGAAAGAGAGCGAGAAAGCGAGAAAUGGUUCGACCGUAGUGAUAUGUGCUAAACAUUCGUAGUAUAUAAAAGUAUUAGCUAGAUUAUAAAAUGCCGCGUGAGAUACGAUACAACGUGAGAAAAUGAUUACAGAAAUAUGCUGGGUGCGGCUAAAUACAGAUGUACCGUUGUCCCGACGUAAUCUAAGAAUUAUCGAUAUCGGUAAGAUCGUAAUGAAUAAAAACGCGCGUCCUUUUGCUAUUAUUUUAAUUCUUGAUUUCCAAAUACUGCUGCUAUAUGAAUGUAUUAUAAUUUUGUGUUUCUACAGUUUAAUUAUAAUCGUCGUAUGUUUUAUCGUUGUUCUUUUUAUUCGUUUUAGACUAUCAAUGAUUUUUAGUAAUAAAAUAUGCGAAAUACGCUCUUGUACAGUCUACUAUGUGAGCGCAUUAUCGGGGCAUUUCGCGAUCUUACCGAAAGUUCUUAGGAUAUACGUCGAACAUGAGCGUAUAGGUAUACAUGUGAAUACAUGUAUACAUCACAUUAUGCACGCCUUGCACCCUCGUAUUAUAGUCGAUGCAUUAGACAUCUCAUACAUUCAGACACACCACCACCAUUACCAACAACAACAAGAAUAAAUAAUUUUUUAAGAUUUAAUUAUUAUUUAAAUAGUACAGUUAUAUUAUUAGUAUGAAUAACGACGCUUUUUAUACGAAUUUUAGUUUUUAACGUCGAUCUUAUGAUAUAUUAUAUGGUAUAAUGAUAAUGAGACAAUGGUAAUAACAAUAACGAUAUCAAGUGAUAUCGAUAAUGUAACGGAAUUAAAGAGAAACGAGAAAAUUCGCGUAAAUGAAAAGACGAAUAUGAGGAGACGAAGAGAGAAAAUGUAUCGUGUAAAAGUGAACGAGAGAAAGAAAACUGAAAGGCUGGAAGAAUGUGUGUUUAAGUUAGAUGAUUGUCUAUAGUAUAAACGAAGGCACACGUUAGGUAUGCCUCGAUGCUAUUUAAACAGACUUAAUUAAUGUAUUGCAAAUGAAUUAAUAAAAUGUAAGCGAAGCGUGUAUCUGUA